AGCCGCGGCGAGGCCAACGCCGUGUUCGACAUCCUGGCCGUGCUGCAGUCUGAGGACCAGGAGGAGGUUCAGGAAGCCGUGCGUGCAUGCAGCCGACUCUUUGGGGCCCUGCUGGCCCGCGGAGAGCUGUUUGUGGGCCAGCUGCCCUCUGAGGAGAUGGUCAUGGCAGGGUCCCAGGGGGCCACUCGCAAGUACAAGGUGUGGAUGCGGCAUCGAUACCACAGCUGCUGCAACAGCCUGAGGGAGCUCUUGGCCCACUCCUCCUUUCAGGUCAAGGAGCUGGCUCUCAGCACGCUUAUGAAGUUUGUGCAGCUGGAGGGCGAGCAUCCCCUGGAGAAGCCCAAGUGGGAGGGCAACUAUCUGUUCCCCCGCCAACUCUUUAAGUUGGUGGUGGAAGGCCUGCUCUCUUCGGAAGAGGACCGCUCCCUGCUCCUCUCCCAGUUCCGAGAGUAUCUGGAACAUGAUGACAUUCGCUACCACACGAUGCAGGCAGCCUCGGACACCGUGGCCCGGGUCACUGACGGGCGACCUGAGGUGCCCCUUAUCUUCUGGAACAAUGCCUUCACGCUGCUGUCCUCCGUGAGCCUGCCCCGCCAGGAGGGCGACCUCUCCAGCUUCUAUGUGAAGCACGUGGAACUGUCAGACAAGUGGAAGGUCGUUCAUCUGAAGGAGCACCAGAAAGCCUUCCAGCUGAUGUGGCUCGGCUUCCUCAAGCACCAGCUGCCUCUGCGCAUCUGCAAGAAGGUGCUGGUCAUCAUGCACGACGCCAUCCUGCCGCACCUGGCGCAGCCCAGCCUCAUGAUUGACUUCCUCACCCGCGCCUACGACAUUGGGGGAGCCAUCAGCCUCUUGGCCUUGAACGGACUUUUCAUCCUGAUUCAUAAGCACAACCUGGAGUACCCUGACUUCUACCCGGGAACUCUACGGCCUCCUGGCCCGUCUGUCUUCCACGUCAAGUACCGGGCCCGCUUCUUCCACCUGGCCGACCUCUUCCUGUCGUCCUCCCAUCUCCCUGCCUACCUGGUGGCUGCCUUUGCCAAGCGCCUGGCCCGGCUGGCCCUGACGGCACCUCCCGAGGCCCUGCUCAUGGUCCUGCCCUUCAUUUGCAACCUGCUGCGCCGGCACCCAGCCUGCCGUGUCCUCAUGCACCGCCCAAGGGGCCCUGCGCUGGACGCCGACCCCUAUGACCCCUCAGAGGAGGACCCAGCCCAGAGUAGAGCCCUGGAGAGCUCCCUGUGGGAGCUGCAGGCCCUCCAGCGGCAUUACCACCCUGAGGUGUCCAAGGCCGCCAGCGUCAUCAACCAGGCGCUGUCUGUGCCUGAGGUCAGCAUUGCGCCGCUCCUGGAACUCACCGCCUUUGAGAUCUUUGAGCAGGACCUGAAGAAGGGGCCCGAAUCGGUGCCCCUGGAGUUCAUCCCGGCCCAGGGCCUACUGGGCCAGCAGGACGACCUCUGUGCCCAGCACUUCACACUGAGCUGACCCUGCGCACCCCACUUCCCCUCAGAUGAUUUUGUUAGCUACCUGAGUGGGCUGGUGGGGGGGUGUCUAGGGAGGCACAGAUCUUUUGCCUGUGCCAUGGGGCUGGGGUCAGCAGUGCCGGCCACAGUCAGAAGGCGCCCUCACUUCCGCCUGCAGCCCCCACACCCACGUGCUCCUGGCCUCCCUGGAAAGCCCUGUCGAGGUGCCCCUCCCUUAUCUGCAGCCUGGUGGGGAGGGUCAAGGUGGGGGCUCACGUGGGGCCCCUGCCCCAGAAGCUCCAGCUGUAAGUGUGCCAGGUGAUGGCUUCUGUCAGCCCCCAGAGAGUCUUCCGUCUCCAGGCCCUCUGCAUCCCAGUGCCUCCCAAGGUGGGAUGGGCACACCCCCGCUGGGGCUGCAGUUAGAUUGUGACCUGGGAAUGGCAGGAGGGGCUCUCUGCCCUGGUCAGUCUGGGUGGGCAGCACAGGGAGGGGGCAGAAGCCACCUGUCCCCGGGCAAGCCCCACGGAGGACACCUUUGUGCAUGGAACCACCCGUGCUCCGGGCGCACAGACAGGCGCUGAGCCCCGUGACUCUGGCGCUGAGUGUCUGUGCCCUGUGGGGAGGAGUUGCAGGCAGGGGUGGUUCAUGCUUUUCCUCCCAAGUGGAGGGAGCGCCAGUGGCCUGCUGGUGUUUGUGGGGAGGUGGUUUUGUCAAGGCUCCAGUCCCAGGUGCACCUGGUUCUCCAUCUAUGGCAGCAACUCUGUUUCCUUUGAAAAUAAAAAGCCAUUUCUUCAAGGG